CGAACUCCCUUCCCGGCUUCCACGACUACAAAGCAAAAGGGACGGGCUCCCGGAGAAAUGGCUGUGGCUGAGACUCUCCACUCUGCUUCUGCUCACUGCAACUGCUGCUACAGCCGCCAGAAGGAUGAGCUUCGAGGAUCUCGAGAGGGAACCGCCGUCGGGUCGUCGGAGGAACGCCGGCGAGGCCUCCCAGAGUGCGAGCCAGGGUGUCGCAGCGGGAAUCUUCCAGAUAAAUACUGCUGUUUCCUCCUUCAAGCACCUUGUGGAUGCCAUCGGCACCUCCCGCGACACACCAGACCACCGCCAGAAGCUGCACAACACUCGCCAGAGGAUCGGGCAGUUGGUGAAGGAUACGUCCGCAAAACUCAAGGCGUUGACAGAAGACGAUCAUCGCCUGGACGCGAGUGCAAGCAAAAAAAUUGAACAUGCUAAAUUGGCAAGAGACUUUCAGACUGUGUUAAAGGACUAUCAGAAAAUACAGCAACUUUCUGCUGAGCGGGAGACAGCAUACAAACCUUCCCUUCCUCCAUCUGCUUUGCCAUCAAGUUCUGGUUUUGAUGAGCUAAGCACAACAAGCCUUGACCUGACUGCUGAGAAGCAACUAUGGCGAGAGCAGAAAAGACAAGAGAUACUUCUGCUGGAUAAUGAAGUUGCUUUUAAUGAAGCAAUCAUAGAGGAAAGAGAACAAGGAAUUAAAGAUAUUGAAGAACAAAUUGGACAAGUAAAUGAUAUUUUCAAGGAUCUAGCGGUUCUAGUUCAUGAACAAGGUGUAAUUAUUGAUGAUAUUGAUUCAAAUAUUGAGAGUUCAUAUUCAGCUACUGCUCAAGCUAAAACUCAGGUGGUCAAGGCUGCAAAAAGUGUGAAGUCCAGAUCAUCAUGGAGUUGUUGGUUGCUCGUGGUCUUUAUCGUGGUGAUCAUCAUAUUUGUUCUCAUCCUUAUCAUAUAGUGUGUCGUCAAAUUUACUGUAAUAUGUCUUGUUAAGUAUGGUUGCUGAGCUAGGCAUUGGAGACUUUCUUGUUUUAUUUCCUUUUUCUCUCCCUGUUUUUCUUUUCCCAUUGUCUUCUUUUUGUUCGGUUGUUGUGUAUAUCUGUGUAUUUUCUGGAUGAUUGGUAUGCCAAAAUUAUCUUUGGAUAGAUAAAAAACAAACAAUGCUUUUGAGAAAAGUAAGUGAAUUUUAUGAUUCA